GCCGCUCCCCGCCGCAGGCUCCGUCGGGCCGGACUGGCGGAGCAGCCCCGAAGUUUGCGGGGCGGCCGGCGCGGGGCCAUGUGGCUGCUGUGGUUGCUGCUGGGCUCGGCGGACAGCCAACUGUUGCCUGGGAAUAACUUCACGAAUGAAUGCAACAUUCCUGGAAACUUCAUGUGCAGCAAUGGACGCUGUAUCCCAGGGACCUGGCAAUGUGAUGGGCUGCCAGACUGCUUUGAUGACAGUGAUGAGAAGGAAUGCCCAAAAGCCAAGUCCAAAUGUGGUGCCACGUUCUUCCCCUGCGCCAGCGGGAUCCACUGCAUCAUUGGCCGCUUCCGGUGCAACGGCUUCGAGGACUGUCCCGACGGCAGCGAUGAGGAGAACUGCACAGCAAAUCCCUUGCUUUGCUCUACUGCCCGAUUCCACUGUAAAAAUGGUCUUUGCAUUGAUAAAAGCUUUGUGUGCGACAGUCAAAAUAACUGCCAAGACAACAGCGAUGAAGAAAGCUGUGAAAGCCCUCAAGAGGCAGGGAGCGGCCAAGAUUACGUGACCUCUGACAAUCAGCUGCUUUACUACCCAAGCAUUACCUACGCCAUCAUUGGCAGCUCUGUCAUUUUCGUGCUCGUGGUGGCCUUCCUGGCCUUGGUGCUGCACCACCAGCGCAAGCGCAACAAUCUGAUGACGCUGCCGGUGCAUCGCCUGCAGCACCCCGUGCUGCUGUCCCGCCUGGUGGUCCUCGACCACCCGCACCACUGCAGCGUCACCUACAACGUCAACAACGGCAUCCAGUACGUGGCCAGCCAGCCCUACCACAGGCCAGUGGAGCUGGACUCCCCGCCAUCCUACUCAGAGGCCGUGCUCGACCAAAGCAGACCACCUUGGUUUGACCUUCCUCCUCCACCUUAUUGUUCUGAGUCUGAAUCCCCUAAUCAGCCAGACCUUCCUCCUUACCGCUCUCGGUCGGGAAGCUUGGCCAGCACAGACACCCCCGUGGCAGAAAGUCCUGUGGGCACAUCCGACAGCUGGACGAGAGACGUCCGUGGCAGCGUGGAUGGGCACAGAACUCUGCUGGAGAGGACAGUAGAUCAGAGUGAUCCUCUGGUCAGCCACACUGCUGAAAGAGAAGUGUAACUGCUCUGGUAGUUGGGAUGGCCAGAAGGCAUUUACUGUGUCUGUGUGGGUUAAUCUGCUGUGGCUAAUAGGUUUCAGGGGGACAUGUGUCUGAAUGAUGACUUGCUUUGAAUUCACACUGAGUUAAUAUUUGAAUUCAGCGGUUUGGGUUCAUCGAAGGUAGAGCAAGGAGAACUAAACCUAGAGUCCCAUCAGCUCUCCACAGUGUUUCUGUGAGCAAGUUCUGGUUCAGACGAGUAAGAGAAACAUCAGUGCUUUGUCAAAAGAACUGAUGCGGUGUAUUUAUUGGACUGCUUACUGUAUAUGAAUGUAUAUAUGUGUGUGUAUCAUAUUUACAGAAGUUGCACGGGAGAACUCUGCCAGAAGGACUUUUUUUCAGACUGCCUUCCAUCCUCUCAACGUGGGAGCUGUUUGUUCUUACUGUCUGGUGCCAACUGGUGGUCACUGAAGCACAUGAGAGGCACUCAUGCUGCUUGGAGGUCCGGUGCCCAAUGCCAGUCUCCUGGCAGUGCCCAAAUUACAGAACGUCUGCUAUUGACCCAUCUCUACAUGGCCUGGAAUGUUCUCACUGUGAAAGAGGUUUAAGCUUGUGAGGAUGCAACAACUAAGUCAGUUUUUUUUUUUUUUUUCCCCAGAUGCCAGUAUCUAGGCCAAAUUUGCAUGGGUUGUCUCAGCAACACCACAAAGGUUGGCUUAUCUGUCAAAUGUCAGGGCUGAGUUGAGUACACAGGUGCUGAAGCUUCUCAAAACAACAGAGCAGGGCUUCUUUUCCUGUGUGGCAUAGCAUUAUUCAAUGUAUUCCCUUUUAAAAAAAACCCACAACUGAACAACGAAACAAACUCCCGAAUUGUUCCAGCAAAAUCUUCAAUACCAAAACUGCUGUGAGGCAAAUACCCAGCACAGAAAGCUUUAAUGUCAAUAAGUAUUUUGCUAUAUUUGUAAAAUACCUGAAAGCAGGUCAUGCCGUGAAAGGCUUGGUAUCCCAUCUACAGCCUAUGUGUAAACAGGCAUGGAUACCUACCUGUGUGUAGGUACAUAGUGUAUCACUUGGGUUUAGUUCUGCUACACCACGAAAACUCUAGUGUAAAAGUUUUGGUUUUGAUAAGCUCAUUGGUUUUCACAGGGUUUGCAUUAUUCACAUUAAUUUGGUUGAAAUUGUAACUUCUGCAGCAGAACUAUUUAUGUCUGUUCUGUGGUAAGUCUUGUAAUGGUCUCCUGUCAAUUGUGUUUCAGUGCACCUUGUUGAAUCACCAUGUGAAAGCACCUCUGAGGUUACAGGUAUUUAGAGAAGCAGGAGGGAAGGAGCUGUGAAUUUAAAUGCCACUGCAGUGCCGUACUUGUGCUCCGUAUACAGAAAACAGUGCAGUGUCUUCCUCUUGUCUGGGGGGAAAUUUGCCUUGAAAAAUUAUUUGUGUUUGUCUAUCCCACAUUUCCCACUCUUUCUAUGUAAAAAAGAACAGUGUCAUUAAACAGACCUUGCAGUUUAAAGGAAGUGAAGGAAGCUGACUGCCCACACCUUCUGCUUUCUUCCUUCCCAUCUUUGUAAGGUAGAUUCUUUUAGAUUCUUUAACCUUUUUGCCCAAAGGUUACAUGCUCAGAACCCAAAAAUCUGGAGUGCAAGUAAGGCAGCAACUCCAGUUCGGUCUCAGUUCUCAUAAAUACAACUGAGUUUUUAGGGAGAGAGUUAGGGUGGUGUUGUUUUUUGAGUUGGGGUUUGGGUUUUUUUUGUUUUUUUUUUUCAUUUCCAGCUUUGGAGUCUGUUGUCACAAUAUGCAAGAGGCAGGGACCAGAUAGAUUUACAAGCACAGGUCAUUCCAGUACUGAGGACAUGGUGGGGAGUCCUGGAGAAUUCUAAUGCUGAUGGGCUAGGCUGACUUUGGAAGCAGAUUAAGGGCAGCUUUCAUUACAAGCUUAGGCAGCCUGUGGUGAGGUGCAUUGGUGAAGAUGCUCCUAGGUCCUAGCAAAGUAAUAUACAAGAGUGACUCAGAUUUUAUCCUUGCUGAGAACUCAAGCAAUGUAAUUAUGCUGUCCUGCACAAAGCAGGAUUUAGCUUUAUUACUGACUGACCAAGGUCAUAGGCAGACUGUUGUCAUUACACAGAGCAGACAGCUAUUUAUUUUACAGGUAGAUCAGACUCAGGUAUAUGAAUGAGUUAAUAGUACAGAUGGGUGCAGGGGUAUCUCCUGUGAUCACUGGACCCUGCUGUCCCUCUUGCCUUUCAAUAAGGUUCUGCUUGGCCUCUGUAAGAGAGCUGUGUUAUGCUGUAUCAGAAUUAACCUUAAUGGUUUUCUGUUACAGUUUUAUAAACUUUAUAUUUGCCUUGAAAACACACCACUGAAGAGUUUGCAGUAGUUUCAUUGUAAUUAGGUAUCUUUUUUAUUUUAAAGUUGCCUAAAGCUGUAUUAGUGAAACUUAAUCUUUGUGUCCACUACCCCUCAAACAAGCCUUCCACAGGGGAUUGCAUUUCACCAUGUGUAUUCUAAGACACCAGAGGGUGUGCAGCCCAAAUCCUGUGUGCCUACGGCAUCUGAAAAACAUUGCCUCACAUUGCUAAGAAGAAGAAAAGAGUGAAUAUAGCCUGUUUCUUCUGUUUUGUGUCAGUCACUGUCAUAUAUGUACAUAUAUAUAUUAAAAAAAAAGAUACUCUUUCAGGUUGUAUAUAUUUGGUAGCUUUUGCAUUAAGAUAAUUCGUUUGGACUUUACCAAAAAAAAAAAAAAAAAGAAAAAACAUUCUUAAUGGUGUGAUGUUUUCCCUUCCAGCUAAGGGUGUAUUUAUCUUUGUAUAUGAGUUGUCUAGUUUUUGAGAACAACUUAAAAGGAGAUUGUGCCUUUCUGUUUGAAUGUUGGUUGGAAAAUCUGUUACCUGCAUUUCUGGACAUAUAAUUGUCUAGAGAUCCAGAAAGAGCAACAAGUCUUGUCUUCCUCUUCCUUGUUACUUAUGGGGACCACUGAACUUAAAGGAAUACAGCAAUUCUUGUUCCAAAAAGGUGUGCUAAAACUUGGGGUGGCUCAUCUUACUCCAGUUUUCUGGUGUGUAGAACAGGUUUGCUAGGCUGGUUUCUUUGGAAAUUGCUGUAGUAUCACACAGAAAUUGUUUAUGGUGUAUCACUUCUAGUGUGUUCAUGCAGCAUUACGCUGCAUUAUUCAGUGGAAUCUUUGGGAAACGUGCUAAUGAAAUUAAAUAUUUCAUUGAAAAUCCUGCAGCUUGUAGGGCUGAAGUUAAAUGUUCAUCCAAUACCUUGUUGGUAGGGUUUCUUUUCGGUAGCAGGUAAAACUGGAAUUGAUCAUCCUAUUGUUUGCAAUCGUUCUUAACCUUUUAGUUUGGUGUUAGUCAUCCAAGAGUUUUUCUUUCUACUUAAUAUUUAAACAAAUGGAUGUUAUUCCAAAGAUUUAUUCUUAAAAAAGUAAAUCCAAUUAAAGUUCUCUUCAAGAGCCAAAUUCUGUUUCCACAUCUGUACUGAAUGGUGGCCACUGAAUUGCGUAGUUCUCAGUGCAGCUAUUAAUACAUUUGAACAAAAGAGUUUGAAGAAAUGAUUACUUGACUUAAAUGAAGGCAUGUCAGAAAGGUCGUUUAAAUACAAACAAAUAAAUAAAAUCGAGGAGCUUCAUCGGUAACCUCUGCUGAAAUCAGUGUGCUGUGUAUUUAAAAUGAAGCCAUUAGUGAUUCUGCUUGAUAGUAAUCUGAAGUUCCUUGUAAGGCAAAUUGCCAUUUACCUCUCUGAUAUUGGAAAUGGAAAACUGGCUGUGAUGCUUUUAAAAGAGAGCCUAUGAAUAAUUUUCUUGGCUCUUGUCUGCAGUGACAUAUACAAAAACACUGACUGCAUUGGAAUUUUUAAAUAACUGCAUUUCUUCUUCCUCUGCUUUUAAGCCAAAUGAGUUUUAUUUACACCACUUCACUUUGAUACAGCUAAUAGGGCCCUUGUGAUAGAUUUAGAAACUGAGUGGAGGAAAGAGAUGACUCUCACUUUAAUUAAUGCUGCAGCUUGUUAAUCUUGUGCUCUUUCCUUUUAGACAUCAUAGCAAAGACAAAUGGUUUUAGUAGAUAAGGAAAACUAUUAACGAUGAAAAGGAUGGAGGGACACUGAUUCUGAUUUUUAAUGAAUAUUUAAAAUUGUAUCAAUGAAGAAAAAAAUUAAUGCUGUGUUUUUAAUGUGGUGAUCAAAUGACAAGUACUGUUUUUAACUGUUGCUUAUUGGAAGCUACUUUGCAUAUAAUGCCUGGAACUAAAAUUGUAAGACAAGGGCUUUUCUUGCAGUUCUUACUAGAUCUGCAGUAUUUUUUAAUUAAACAAGGUUAUAUUACACCCAUGGACUAAAAUAUGGACUACAGGAAGAAUUUCAAUACUGUGCUGGAUUCUGCUUGAAUGUAUCCCAGUACAGGACUGUGGCCUUCAUUUGUCUUUUUUUUUCUUUCGGCUUUGAGGGGUUUUGUCAACUUGAAGUGAGACGUCACUUAAAUGCUUUAAAAGAGGUUGUAUGUUGAACCUUGUCUUAAACUUUUGUAAACUGGAAAUCUUCAAAAAUGUAUUCUGUAUUCCUGAAUAAAAUUGGUGUUUUAAUACUGUUCACACAA